AUGGAAUACCAAAGACUGGGAAACAGCGGACUCAAAGUCAGCAAAGUCAUCCUGGGCUGUAUGACCUUUGGACGACCAACCUGGGAGGGCAGUCCAUGGGUGCUGGAUGAAGAACAGGCAUUGCCCUUGCUCAAGAAGGCAUAUGACUGCGGGAUAAACACCUGGGAUACAGCCAAUACAUAUUCAAACGGAGAGUCAGAGACCAUUAUCGCCAAAGCCUUGACCAAAUAUAACAUCCCCAGAGCCAAAGUCGUGAUCAUGACCAAGUUAUACUACCCGGUUCUCGAAGACGACCUAGAUUCACGGCCCAGUCCGGCAGUUAACGAUGGACCCCUCCUCAAUCAGAUGGGAUUAAGUCGCAAGCAUAUCUUCGACGCCGUGGAAGGAUCACUGCGUCGUCUGAACACAAAGUACAUCGACGUGCUGCAAUUACAUCGACUGGACGAUACACCCCCAGAGGAAAUUAUGAGAGCUCUCAAUGAUCUUGUUCGGAUGGGCAAAGUCCAUUAUCUAGGCGGAUCGAGUAUGCAUUGCUGGGAAUUCGCACGGUUGCAGUAUACAGCCAAGAUGCAUGGCUGGACACCCUUUACCAGCAUGCAGGGACUAUACAAUCUGCUGUAUCGUGAAGAAGAGCGAGAAAUGAACCCGUUCUGUCGUGCAGAGGGGAUAGGAUUGAUUCCUUGGAGUCCAUUGGCACGAGGACUGCUGGCUCGACCAUGGCAUGAGAAGACCAGUCGGGGGGAACAGGAUCAGAAAACGAAGAAGUGGUUUGAUGGCUCUCACAAUGAGGAUAUCGUGGAGAGAGUCGAGCAGAUUGCAAAGCAGAAAGGCUGCAGUAUGAGUGCCGUGGCAAUCGCGUGGCUGCUGGCAAAAGGCGCCUGUCCGAUCAUUGGACUGAACAGCGAGAAGAGAAUUGAGGCUGCAUCAGAGGCGUUGAAUGUGAAGCUGACAGAGAGCGAGAUUGAAAUGCUGGAGGAGAAAUAUCGACCGGUGAACGUGCAGGCAAUGUGA